CACAUCGAUGCCCGCGAGGAUGCCGAUGCCAAUGUCACACCCGAGCGGCGGUCCGCACACCCCCGUGGCUCAGAAACGUCGUCGGUCAGCUUCAUUGGAGUUUCAACUCGUCAAUCUCGAUGAGAGCUUGCAACUACGGACCAUGUAGAAAGAGCCUGAGUAAACAUAACAUCACCUGCUACUUCCCACCCUGGUUGGUUUCUAGGGCGAUCAUGGCUUCCAUUAACCUAGAGAACGUUUUCGAUGCCGGGGCAAAGGUGUCACUCAAUCUGCCGCUAGUCAUUCCGGAAGAAGACCACAUUAUUUGGCCGCUAGUUAUGGCUGGAAAUCUCAGGCAGUUGCGAGAGUUGUUAUCGAGGGACAGAAACCUGAUGCAUGUGAGGAAUCAAUGGGGUCAAUCUAUCAUGCACGUUGCCGCCAAAAUUCAUCAGCCAGCCGUCUUCAACUUCCUCAAAAACGAAGGCAUGGACGAGAACCUCCCAGACGAGAAUCAAAAGUCCGCAGCCAUCACUAUUCUCACUCGCAGAGGGAGCCAGGAAUAUAACCUCCCGGUUGAUAUGGACGAUCUUGCCGAUCGUCUCGGCUGGACCAAUCUUCAUAAAGUAGCCGCUUUGGGGGCCCAAGAUGGCCAGAAAAUGACCGGAACCCUUCUCUGGGAAUCCGAGUACUCCGACAUCAACACAAAGGACGUCCUCGGUAGAACUCCGCUCCACUGGCUGGCCGAGAAUGGCAGAUCGAACGAAAUUCGCCUCAUUACCCAGGAUCCAUGGAGCGCCGAUGUCCAAGUCAAAGACCUGUGCGGCUUUACGGCGCUGCACUGCGCAUGCUGGGCGGACGAUUUUGAUAGUAUCGUUGCACUGCUCGACGCAGGGAUCGACGUCAACGCCCUUGAUAAGCACAUGCGAACACCCAUGAUGCACAUGAGCAGUCCGAGAAUACUGAAGUAUUUAAUGAGCAAGGGGGCUGAUGUACAGAUUAGCGACGACGAAGCGGCGAAUAUCAUGCACCACGUGUGUGUGGCUGACCAGGACGAUCUCGUUGAGAUUCUCUUGAGAGAACAUGGUCACUCCUUGCUUACAAGGAAUCACACCGGCGACACACCGCUCGGGCAAGCAAUCGCAAACAACAGUCUUGAAGUGCUGAAGAUCAUGGCCCUUUAUCUUCAAGGAUUUCCGCCCGAGAAAUUGGGCGUCCUGAACAAUAACAAAAGGAGCCUGUUCCACCUGGCAGCUUUACAUGGAAACACAGAGGCGAUGGAUACACUGGCAUCGGCCAAUCUUGGUGGCGUCGACACCACGAUCAGAGACAAAGAUGGGCACACCCCCAACGAGUGCUUCAUCAGAUGUCGCAACGACCACUGCGCCGUUGCCCGCAAACCUUUUGAUACAGAGAAAAGUUCAUGGGUCGCGCUGAUGAACUCUGCAAAGGGGCGGAAAUGGCCGUCCCCGGAUGUGACGGGACAAUACGCCGACGAUGAAUCGACGAUAGCUGCAUCUGAGGACGAGUGGGGCUACAGGAAGGGAUCUACGAGUCUUGUAUCAGUUGACCUGGGUGACGGCGAAGCAUCAUCCGACGAUGAAUUUGUGGAUGCGAAGGACGAGAUCGAGGAGUAG